UUCUGAGUUCAUGUGAAGUUUGUUUCAUGGUUGGGACUUUCUCUCCAGUGAAGGAGCUAUUCCUGGAUACUGAUGGGGAAUCCUCACUGCGCACGCUUGUGUCCAUGACCUGCAAGGAGACCUCCUCUCGUGUCCUCCAUGUCCUCAUGGAAAAGUACAAAUUGCUGGAGCAUCUGACGGCUCUGCGACGGUACCUUCUGCUCGGCCAGGGUGACUUCAUUCGACAUCUCAUGGAUCUUCUUGAACCUGAAUUGAGUGUGGCUGGGACUGAGCUGCUGCCAUACAGUCUGCCAUCCAUCCUGGAUGCUGCAGUCCGGGUGACAACUGCACAGUUUGAGUCACCCCAAGUGCUCCAACGCCUCAGCACUCGCAUCAUCCAGCCCAUGCCAGGCGACAUCGGCUGGGACGUCUUCUCGCUCUCCUACGAUCUUGAUGGACCCCUUGCUGCUGUGGUGACUCCUGAUGUGCAUCUGCAGUACCAGCAGCUAUUCUGCACACUGUGGCGAGCCAAGCGAAUGGAUCGGGCUCUCACUCGAAUGACACAGGAGCUUCUCCGUGCCCACCGACAGCUUGCUGCCUUCCCUGAAUUAGGUGAGGUGUUCCACCAGCUGCAUAUGUUGACUGCUCACAUGGCACACUUCUCGACCCAACUCAACUACUACCUGUCGUUC